AUGCCUAGCCGCAAUAUCGUGCCCGUCGAGCCUGCCCAUGGACGUGGGGAGACUGUCGUCAUUGAAGUGCUGCAGGAGGGCAAUCACCCUCUCGAUGUAAGGUUGGUAGGUUGCGAGGGCGAAACCCCAUACGUGACUUCGAUCAAGCAUUGCAAUCUCGCGAGUCACAAACACAAAUUCAAGGGCAGCGACGAUGAGUGGGCCACCAUCGUGUCUCAUUUUCUGCUCCAGCAACCACCUGAACUCGGCCAGGCCGACACUUUGGACGGUGUCCGCAUGGUCUACAUGCUGAAAAACAAGAACCUGGAGAUUUCUUUUCGCAAGGACGUCCAGAACAUCAAGGUCACCCUGGGUGAGAUCGUUCUACCAGAAGACGAUGAGUUUGAGUUGAACCCGUUCGAAUGGGCGCAGGCGUCAGCCAUGGCGCACGCCCAAACGUUGAAGCAGAUGGUUGACCAGGAGGCGAAACUCAAGAGCGAGCAGCAGACUGUCGCCAAACUCAAUGCGCAGCUGAAUGACUUUAUCAAGACUAAGAAUGAGACCGAGACAGCUAUGCUCCAGCAGUUCAUGCAAUUGCUUAAUGAGAAGAAGCGGAAGAUUCGGGAUCAGAGUCGUCUCCUAGCUGGCGCAAAGGUUGACAAGCCAACAGCGGCCGCCAUACAGUCGACGCGAGCAGAUGCCAAGACUACAGACACCAAGGCUCGCAAGGCAGGCGCGUCACGAACUUCCAAGCGCAAAGCUCCCGCACAAGCCGCAGAACCAGAAACAGUACCAGAGUCAGACAGUGACCAGAUGGAGAUUGACCAGGCCAAAGUGGAAGAACAGGACGACGAGGAAAUGCCCGAGCCCAUGACCCCAGAACAGUCAGACAACGAAACAGAGAAUGACGAGUCUGCGCCAACUGCGACAGCGAGGUCAUCUCAAACACUCAGGUCGGGUUCAGUUGUACACAGGUCGAGGAGCGAAGCCACAGAGAGCAAGGGUGUGCCACCACGUCGAGCGCUUCCAUUCGCAAAGAGAACGGGAAUGCCAACACGAAGUAAGGAUGUAACAGCAAUAGAGGAAGACGAUGACGAGACGGACGACGAAGAGUUGUAG